AUGCAUUCCCGCAAAUCUUUUAUUGUUACGAUUAGUGUUGCAUUCGUGCUCUUUGUGGCUUACUGUCAAGCUGAUCAAGUGCCUCCUAGUACACAAGAUUCUCAAGGAGCUACUACUACAGGACAAGAAAACGCAAGGCCACCCAACCCUGCGUUAGAAGAGUGCGAGAAGGAUUGCACGUCAUGGGGAUCUAUAAGCCGGCAAAACCAAUGCAAGGAUGAAUGCUUGUGGACCUACGCAAAAGAUCUUCAAACAACCGAUAAUCCUGCACAAGGACAGCCAAAGCCCACGUUACAAGAGUGUGAGGAAGAUUGCAUGAAGACAUGGGGAACUAAAAGCAAGCAAAACCAAUGCAAGGAUGAAUGCUUCUUGACCCACGCACGGCAGAGUGGCUAG